AUGUUUGCGACGAAGGUGGCACGCUACAUCCCUACGGCCGUCCGUGCCAACGCCACGCAGUUCUUGCGCACGAAGCGUACGACCAACCUGGCCGGCCUCGAGAUUCACCCGGACCCGCUGCCGGAGCUUGUGUCGACCUAUACCCAGACGCUCAAGGUGCUCCAGGCCCUGCCGGCCUCGGCUGUGUUCCGCCAGUCCUCUGAGGCUGUGACGCAGCAGCGUCUUGAUAUCGUGCGUGCUGCUAUGACCGAUGUUUCGCGCCAGAACGCACACGCCUCGGAGGCUGCUAUCGACAAGGUCGUCGCGGAGAUUGAUGGUGGUGUUAUUGAAGAAAUUCUGGACCAGGCACACGACGAAUUCCAUCUGGCUACGAAGAUGAUUGACUGGAAGCCGCAUGAGCCUCUGCAGGUGCCGGCGCCCCCCGGUCAAUGGAAGGGCUUCAGCAUGAAGGAAGCUGCUGGCGAAGGUGAACACUAG